UGUGGGGGUGCAGCUUGGGAAGCAGGGGGUGCUGUUUAGGGCCGUGAUAUGUUUAGAUAUGUGGUUCACACUGGGGAAGCAGAACCAGGAACUGUGGUUGGUCACGAGCCUGGGCUGCUUCCUGCUAUGCUGGCACCCAGGGCAAAGGAGCCAGCAGCAGCGGGCAGGUGAGAAGAAUGGGUUCCAUGUCAGAGGAGCUCAUCUUGGUCCCCUUGCACCAGAGGCCGGAGCUGCUGGAAGCCUGUGCCAAGCUGCUGGGCGAGGAGUGGGGGAAGAGCCGGACGUCGCGGCUCCACACGCUCCAGCGCUCCUCGGACACCUUUCCUGCCUGCCUGCUGCUGCUGCGGAGCCAGGGCCGCAGCGAGAGCCCCGCUGCCCGGGAGGGGCCCUGCGAGCUCGUGGGCCAUGCCCGACUCUCCCGCGUGGUCGGUCGUCCCCAUGACCUCUUCGUGGAGAGCGUGGUGGUGGCCCGGGCGCUGCGGGGCCAGGGCUAUGGGCGGCGGCUGAUGGAGGCCACUGAGCAGUGGGCCCGGGCCCGGGGCUUUCGCUGCCUGCACCUCACCACCCACGACAAGCAGCAUUUCUAUGCCCACCUGGGCUUUGUCCUGGGUGAGCCGGUGCAGAGCGUGGCCUUUCUCAGCCCAGCUAUAUCCUCUGAGGUGCUGCGGCUCUUCUCCUCCCCUUCUGGGGCUGCGACUGCCAUCACCACCACCAGGCCAUGGGUACCCGCUGCCCCGCCGCCUCCCCUCCCCCCUGUCACUGUGCCCCCACCACCUCCCCCACCGACUGUGAUCUGGGCGAGGGGUGUCCUGGCUGAGAGCAGCAAGCAGAGCCUCCUGGAAUCCCCACACCGUGAUGCAAAAGGGCUCCCCAUCUUCUGGAUGAAGAAGGACAUCUGAGUGGUGGGGGCCUCA